CGGCGUCUUCAGGGCAGUAUCGCGUCUGUUCUGAGAAGAAAAUAAGUUUGUUUUACUGCAAAUCCCUGCACUUCGGGUUUCGCGGUACACGUGACAGUUGAAGAGCAGGUGUGAGACAGUGGCCAACUUCUGAGUGUACCCGAAGGGUACAGUAAGACGCUGUAAAAGUCACCUCUGCGGUUUUCCAGGGGCUCAAACCCAGUUUCUCCUGCCUCCUCGUGGUGCUCUGGGUGGUGAGGCACAGCGCUGUCGAAAUUAAACUUCGUUUGCUCUGUGUAUUUUCGGACCUUUCUUAAUAAUCACCGCGCUUGAGCAGCGACAGCGGGGCAGCCUUUUUGCCUGUGCCGUCAGUGCAGCCGCAGGGCGGCAGGGAGCGCCCGCACGCGCAGGGUUUGAAGGUGGAUGGAGGGAGCACGAGUGCAUACCGUGUGGAUCUGCUCAUCUGGGGGGUCGUCUUUUAGCAGCUCAUGUAUCGCUGACGAGUGCUUUGAGCUGGAUGCUGACAAAUACGAGAAUGAUCCAGAAUUAGAAAAGAUCCGAAAAGAGAGAAACUACUCCUGGAUGGACAUAAUAACCAUAUGCAAAGACAAACUACCAAAUUACGAAGAAAAGGUGAAGAUGUUUUACGAGGAGCAUUUACACCUGGAUGACGAGAUUCGCUACAUCCUGGACGGCAGUGGGUACUUCGACGUGAGGGAUAAGGAGGACAGGUGGAUCCGGAUCUUCAUGGAGAAAGGAGACAUGAUCACUCUCCCCGCCGGGAUAUACCACCGCUUCACACUGGACGAGAAGAACUACGUGAAGGCCAUGCGGCUGUUUGUGGGAGAGCCAGUGUGGACGGCGUACAACCGGCCGGCGGACCACUUCGAGGCCCGCGGGCAGUACCUAGAGUUUCUGGCGCAGACGGCCUAGCGGUGCCCUGGGGCCUGGCGCACCCCGGCCCCCCUUGUGAAGGUCCCAAACCUGAUGGCAACAGAAAAUCCGUCAUAUUCUCUUUGCUUUUGUGUUGUAGACUUGAUGCUAGGUGAGCUUUCCUCUGCAAGAUUGUUGGAUCAGAAUAUGUUUUAACGGGAGCAGCUGUAGAACCGGUUUGUACGUGGAAGCACCUGUGAAGAUCUGGGCAAAUCUGCUCGUUUUCUCUGAUUCAGGAUCAGUGGUCAGUGGCCCUGUGUCAGCUCGUGCCUUCAGCUGUGACCCAGUGAGUUUCAGCGCCCCAAACGCAGCCGCUUAGCUGCUCCAUCUGGACCCGAUUCU